CCGGAAGUAGGCUGUCUCCACCCGCCUCUCGUUGUUUAUAAGCUGCGGGCGGACGGGGAGCCGCUCACAGGCCCGGCGACGCGCAGCGCAGGAGUCGGAUCGACGGCGCGGAGUCCCGGGAGGACGCGGAAGGCGGCAGCGGGCGGAGGGGGCGGACGGCCCGGCCUGGAUCGUCGCCAUGUCGCGCGGCUCCAUCGAGAUCCCGCUGCGGGAUACGGACGAGGUCAUCGAGCUCGACUUCGACCAGCUGCCCGAGGGCGACGAGGUCAUCAGCAUCCUGAAGCAGGAGCACACGCAGCUGCACAUCUGGAUCGCGCUGGCGCUGGAGUACUACAAGCAAGGAAAAACGGAAGAGUUUGUCAAGCUACUGGAAGCAGCGCGUAUAGACGGUAAUUUGGAUUAUCGAGACCAUGAGAAGGACCAGAUGACCUGCUUGGACACGUUAGCAGCCUAUUAUGUCCAGCAGGCCAGGAAGGAGAAGAAUAAGGACAAUAAGAAGGACCUUAUCACACAGGCGACUCUGCUGUACACUAUGGCUGAUAAGAUCAUCAUGUACGAUCAGAACCACCUGUUAGGAAGGGCCUGCUUCUGCCUACUUGAAGGAGAUAAAAUGGAUCAGGCUGACGCACAGUUUCAUUUUGUGCUCAAUCAGUCCCCAAAUAAUAUCCCAGCCCUUCUUGGUAAAGCUUGUAUCUCAUUCAACAAGAAGGACUACAGGGGAGCCCUUGCUUAUUAUAAGAAAGCGUUACGCACUAACCCAGGAUGUCCAGCGGAAGUUCGCUUAGGAAUGGGCCAUUGCUUUGUGAAACUUAACAAACUGGAGAAAGCUCGUCUGGCGUUUAGUAGAGCCCUGGAACUGAAUUCCAAGUGUGUGGGCGCACUGGUUGGACUAGCUGUUCUAGAACUCAACAACAAAGAGGCUGACUCCAUCAAAAAUGGAGUCCAGCUUCUUUCCCGAGCCUACACUAUUGACCCUAGCAACCCGAUGGUGCUGAACCACCUGGCAAAUCACUUCUUCUUCAAAAAGGAUUACAGUAAAGUCCAGCACUUGGCUCUUCACGCCUUCCAUAAUACAGAGGUGGAGGCUAUGCAGGCGGAAAGCUGCUAUCAGCUGGCUAGAUCAUUCCACGUUCAGGAAGAUUAUGACCAAGCUUUCCAGUACUACUAUCAAGCCACACAGUUUGCCUCAUCCUCUUUUGUGCUCCCAUUUUUUGGUUUGGGACAAAUGUAUAUUUAUCGAGGUGACAAAGAAAAUGCAUCACAGUGCUUUGAGAAAGUUUUAAAAGCUUACCCUAACAAUUAUGAAACUAUGAAGAUUCUUGGCUCUCUGUAUGCUGCCUCAGAAGAUCAAGAAAAGCGAGACAUAGCCAAGGGCCAUCUGAAGAAGGUCACAGAGCAGUACCCUGAUGACGUUGAAGCGUGGAUCGAGCUGGCGCAAAUCUUAGAACAGACUGACAUACAGGGUGCCCUCUCAGCCUACGGAACUGCCACACGGAUCCUUCAAGAGAAAGUGCAGGCUGAUGUCCCCCCGGAAAUUCUGAAUAAUGUGGGAGCCCUCCACUUCAGACUUGGAAAUCUGGGCGAGGCAAAGAAAUACUUCUUGGCAUCGUUGGAUCGAGCAAAGGCAGAAGCUGAGCACGAUGAGCACUACUAUAACGCCAUCUCCGUUACGACGUCGUACAACUUGGCGAGACUGUAUGAGGCGAUGUGUGAAUUCCAUGAAGCAGAGAAGCUGUAUAAAAACAUUUUACGGGAACAUCCUAAUUAUGUGGACUGCUACCUGCGCCUAGGAGCCAUGGCAAGAGACAAAGGAAACUUCUAUGAGGCUUCAGAUUGGUUUAAGGAAGCUCUUCAGAUAAAUCAGGACCAUCCAGAUGCUUGGUCUUUAAUAGGUAAUCUUCAUUUGGCCAAACAAGAAUGGGGUCCAGGCCAGAAGAAGUUUGAGAGAAUUUUAAAACAGCCGUCUACACAGAGUGACACUUAUUCCAUGCUGGCCCUUGGCAAUGUCUGGCUCCAGACUUUGCAUCAGCCCACCCGAGAUCGAGAAAAGGAAAAGCGUCAUCAAGAUCGUGCUCUGGCCAUCUACAAACAAGUACUCAGAAAUGACGCAAAGAAUCUGUAUGCUGCUAACGGCAUAGGAGCUGUUUUGGCCCACAAAGGCUAUUUCCGUGAAGCUCGUGACGUGUUUGCCCAAGUGAGAGAAGCAACGGCAGACAUCAGUGACGUGUGGUUGAACCUGGCACAUAUCUAUGUGGAGCAGAAGCAGUAUAUCAGUGCUGUCCAGAUGUAUGAAAACUGUCUCAGAAAGUUCUACAAGCACCAAAACACUGAAGUUGUGCUCUAUUUGGCCCGGGCCCUCUUCAAGUGUGGCAAGUUACAGGAAUGCAAACAGACUUUGCUGAAGGCUAGACAUGUGGCACCUAGUGAUACCGUUCUUAUGUUUAACGUGGCUUUGGUCCUCCAAAGAUUAGCUACCUCUGUCCUGAAAGAUGAAAAGAGUAAUCUGAAGGAAGUACUUAACGCUGUGAAAGAACUGGAGCUUGCACACAGAUACUUCAGUUACUUGAGUAAAGUGGGCGAUAAAAUGAGAUUUGAUUUGGCCCUUGCUGCCACUGAAGCCAGGCAGUGUUCUGACUUACUGAGCCAGGCGCAGUACCACGUGGCGCGGGCACGCAAACAGGAUGAAGAAGAGAGAGAGUUACGGGCCAAACAAGAGCAGGAAAAAGAGCUGUUGAGACAGAAACUUCUUAAAGAACAGGAAGAGAAACGUCUCAGGGAAAAGGAAGAACAGAAGAAGCUUUUGGAACAGCGGGCCCAAUAUGUGGAGAAGACCAAAAAUAUUCUUCUGUUCACUGGAGAAACUGAAGCAACAAAAGAAAAGAGGCGAGGUGGCACUGGCGGACGGCGUUCUAAGAAAGGAGGAGAAUUUGAUGAAUUUGUCAACGAUGAUACUGAUGACGACCUGCCUGUAUCCAAAAAGAAGAAGAAAAGAAAGGGCAGUGGUAGCGAGCAGGAAGGUGAAGAAGAGGAAGGUGGUGAAAGAAAGAAGAAGAAGAGGAGAAGACCUCCGAAAGGAGAGGAAGGCUCAGACGAGGAUGGUACUGAGAGCGGCCCGAAGCAGAAGAAGCGCCGUCCUCACAGGGCAGAGAAGAAGGCUCCCAAACCAGAGCGCCUGCCUCCUUCGAUGAAAGGGAAGAUAAAAUCCAAAGCCAUAAUAUCAUCCAGCGAUGAUGACUCUUCAGAUGAGGACAAGCUCAAAAUCGCUGAUGAAGGGCAUCCCCGCAACAGCAACAGUGACUGCGACGAGGGUGACCGGCAGAAGAGGCGCGCUUCUUCAGACAGCGGUUCCGACGAGAACCAGAACAAGUCCGGCAGCGAGGCUAGCAGGCCCCGGAGGCGUCGGUCAGAGGAGGAUUCAGACAGUGACCAGCCCCCCAGGAAGAGAAGGCCCUCGGGCUCAGAACAGUCUGACAACGACUCUGUGCAGUCCAGAAGCAGCCGCUCAGGAGCCUCUGAAGUUGAUUCUCGCCCGGCUUCUCCCAGUGCCGAGUCAGACAGAGAUUCGGAGAGAGGCUCUGAUGGUGAGGGUUCUGGCCGGGGCUCUGGAAACGAGUCAGAACCAGAGGGAUCCAAUAACGAGGCCUCAGAUCGGGCCUCAGAACAUGGGUCAGAUGAGAGCGAUUAAGUUUUAUUUCUUGAAUAAGUUCUGGAGGUAACUUUUUUUUUAAUAUAUGAAAGCUGUGAUUUAAAAAAAAAAAAAGUUUCAAAUGUCUAGUCAAAUGGUGGUGAAAAUUUUUCAGAGGCAAUGUGUUUUGUUUUCUACCUGUAUAUUAUCAAGCCCCAAGAGCUAUUUCCGAAGCUAAAGUUUAACGUUUGAGUCUGUUCUAUAAAUGAAGAAUAUGACUAUUCUUCGUUAUGGUACAAUUCCACCUAUCAUAUGUGAGACUGCAGGAAAAAUAAAGCCGGAUGCUGAGUCACCCCACCCAGGUCUGGCUGAGGCUGAGACCGGCACGGGGCCCAUCUGCUUCUGGACUGCUGCAGCCUUUCAUCAGGCGGUACGGGAAGCUUGGCGCUGACAUCAGUGUGCCAGUUUAAGUCACGAUGAAGACCGUUUCACCUUCUGGAGGAAGAGGUGUCUACAGUGUACUUGCACCAAAGUACGAAUGAAAGGAUGUUUUCCUCUGUAGUGCGGCGCAAGAGCCGUGCAGAUGAAGUCACAGACACACAGUCUGCAGCAGACACAGGAGAUGCCCUUCUGUUAGUAGAGCACCAAGUCCUACCUGCCUACCUAAGCCACCUAAUAAAAUUGGUUUACCAAC